UGCACUUUGCCAGGACACCACACAUUCCCUUGAGAAGAGGAUAACAAAAACAGUUCUUUACUGAUACUUCACUAAAAGUAAAGAAAAUAUGCCAUUAAAGCUUCUCCGUCCUCCUAAGCACCACCACAACCACCAUCACGGGCUACCAAUACCAGCACUUUAUACUCCUACCUGCAAUUCCUUAUCUAACUUUGUGGCUGUGAAGCAAAAAAAUGCAGCAACAAAGUUGAGAAUGCCGCCAGGGCGACCGACAUAUCACAGGCGGAGAUCAUUUCCAGCAGUUCCAGCCACUCAGCACCACCGAGCAAUUUCAGCCUCGAUAUCACCUCUUGAUUUGACAGAGGAUAACAUUAAGCAGGUCUUAGACGAUGCUCGAGUUGAGUUAGCACAACUCUUUGAUACUUCAGUGGGCAUAACAGGAAAAGCAGAACUUGCUGAUCUGGAUGGACCCUAUGUGAAGAUCAGACUUGGGGGCAAAUUUUGGCAUAAACGUUCAACUGUGUUAGCCAGGCUUGGCAAUUACCUGAAGCAGAGGAUCCCUGAAAUCUUGGAGGUAGAUAUAGAAGAUGAAAAGCAGUUGGAUGAUAGCCCUGAAAACUUCUGAGCACUAUUUGCAAAUAUUUUUGAUCUCUAAACCAAAUUAUUGGAGUCCAUUGAGCUUAAAGAUGAAUAAUCCUAACCUUCAUUUACAAUUAUGUGAUUAAUUUUUCUUAUC